AUGCCCUGUUUGUUGCAGUACUACAAAUGCGCGAACGGCACACUCACCGAGGAGCUCUGCGAGCACGGUCUUCUCUACGACGGGAAAGGCAACGUCUUCGACAACUGCAACUACCACUGGGCUGUCAACUGCGACGGUCGAUACUCCGAUGUGGUGCCCCACACGGGGGGUGCGUGUGAGUACGACUUCGGGAUCUUCUCGGCCGGGGCUUGCGAGACGUACUACCGCCUGUGCGAACACGGCGUGCCUCUAGACUACCCCUGCACUGCCGGCCUGGCUUACGACGAGCGCAUCCACGCCUGCAACUGGCCCGACCUCAUGCUCGAGACAUGCAAGCCAGAGCAGGUGGUAGGGUUCUCGUGCCCAGACUACGUGGACCCUAAGUCUCUGUCGGCGAAGUUCUUGCCGUUCCCGCGGUUCCCGUCAGGAGAGUGCGGGUCUUACAUCAUUUGCGUGGACGGCCACCCGCGCCGCAUCGGCUGCGGUGACUACCAAGUCUUCGACGAUGAGACCUUGUCCUGCCAGGACCCCGAGCACGUCCCCUCCUGCCGAAAGUAAGCAGUACAAGAGGCCCGCCAUGCAGCAUAUCAAACGCGUCAGCUGAAAGGAUUAAUCUUGUCAGCUUGGAAGACCGAUUUCAGCUCUGAGAAAACAAACAUUUUUUGGUUAAAGCACUCCGACAAUUUUUUAUUUCAUCGGUUUUAUAUCUGUAAAAACUGAUCUAUGUUUUUAGUUUCAGUUGUAGUUCUCAUACCUACUCUUUGAUGUUCUAUUUAAAAAUUCUAUGUAAUCGUUAUGUCAAAAAUUGAUGAUAAAAAUGCAGACAAUGACUUUCGAUCAUGAAAAUAUUCAAAUAGAUUUCUUAAUGAAGUCGUAAAACCCACAACAGAAGAAAAACCUUAACAAAUAUAUAUUUUAAGUCUCCUAUGUAAGGAGAGAGAAAAUCGCUUCUCUUGCAUGCGCAAUGGAGCUAAAAAAAUCACAUAAACGAGUUACGCAACGAAAACC